CGCCACCGGGCAUCCGAAUCCACCAAUCACUUCAGCCCACUACAGCAGAGGCGGGACUUCCGGUUGCUCGUAUAAACCAACUGAGGCCUCCCCAUGCGGUUUUGAUCUGGACUCGGAAGCUAAACCGAAACGAAACACACAAUGGCUGAGAAUGAUGAUAACGAGCUGCUCGACUAUGAAGAGGACGAGGAGCCCCAAGGAGCCCCCGAGAGUGCAGCCCCCGCAGGCAAGAAGGAGGUGAAGGGCUCCUACGUCUCCAUCCACAGCUCAGGCUUCAGGGAUUUCCUUCUCAAGCCAGAGCUGCUCCGUGCUAUCAUCGACUGUGGUUUUGAGCAUCCAUCUGAAGUUCAACAUGAGUGCAUCCCACAAGCCAUCCUGGGCAUGGACAUCCUGUGCCAAGCCAAGUCUGGUAUGGGCAAGACGGCCGUGUUCGUGUUGGCCACAUUGCAACAGAUUGAACCCGUCGAUGGGCAGGUAUCUGUAUUGGUCAUGUGCCACACACGAGAGCUGGCCUUCCAGAUCAGCAAAGAGUACGAGCGCUUCUCCAAGUACAUGCCGACUGUAAAAGCAGCCGUGUUCUUCGGUGGCCUGGCCAUCAAGAAAGACGAAGAGGUCCUUAAGAAGAACUGCCCUCACAUCGUGGUGGGAACACCGGGACGCAUCCUCGCCCUGAUCCGCAACAAGACCCUCAGUCUGAAGAACGUCAAGCAUUUUGUCCUGGAUGAGUGUGACAAAAUGUUGGAGCAGCUAGACAUGAGGCGCGAUGUUCAGGACAUAUUCAGGAUCACUCCCCAUGAGAAGCAAGUCAUGAUGUUCAGCGCAACUCUGAGCAAAGAGAUCCGACCAGUCUGCCGCAAAUUCAUGCAAGAUCCCAUGGAGGUGUUUGUGGAUGACGAGACCAAACUUACACUCCACGGCCUGCAACAGUACUACUGCAAGCUGAAGGACAGCGAGAAGAACCGCAAGCUGUUUGACCUGCUUGAUGUGUUGGAGUUCAAUCAGGUGGUGAUCUUCGUCAAGUCCGUGCAGCGCUGCAUCGCCCUGUCUCAGCUGCUGGUUGAGCAGAACUUCCCUGCCAUUGCCAUCCACAGGGGGAUGACUCAAGAGGAAAGGUUGUCUCGCUAUCAGCAAUUCAAGGACUUCCAAAGGCGGAUCCUCGUGGCUACCAACCUCUUUGGGCGAGGAAUGGACAUCGAGCGUGUCAAUAUUGUCUUCAACUACGACAUGCCAGAAGAUUCCGAUACCUAUUUGCACAGGGUGGCCCGUGCUGGUAGGUUUGGGACCAAGGGCUUGGCUAUAACCUUUGUGUCUGACGAGACCGAUGCCAAGACUCUGAACGAGGUGCAGGACCGCUUUGAAGUCAACGUGGCCGAGCUGCCGGACGAGAUUGACAUCUCCUCUUACAUCGAGCAGUCCAGAUGAGUCCUCCGACCAAGCAGAAGCCUCCUCUUCAUGGAUCUUGUCCUGUGUUUGGAAAUAGAUGUACUUCACUGUUGAAAGCUCUGCGUUUUCCCCUAUAUUCACAAGUUAUUUUUAUUGUCAGUUUUUGGGGGUGGGUGGGGCGGUUUUAAUUUGUCUUUUAUGUUUUUGUUUUUUGCUUAAUGGAAUUAAAACUUUUUAUAAAAUGCCAUUUUACUUUUGUUUUUACUAUUGUCUCUACCCCAUUAUCUUUUGAUUUCAGUCUCGAUGCAGAGCUUCAGGGAAACAUUAAGAUGAAUCAUUGUGAGGAACGACAGUUUAGCUUGUUUUAUUCUCCCAUCUGUGUCCAAGCUAGAAUUGUAUAGAAAGUUUUUAGUGGAGGGGAAAUUUGACCCCUAGGUAGUAAUCAAGUAUUGAUGUAGUGAGUGAACAGAAAUUUGGCUCAUGGCAGCUCUUUCUAUAACUUUCUAACUGAAUGCCUCCAAUAAAUGAAGUCACCAAGUGGA